UAUAUAGAAAAGAAGCUGAGAAAAAGGAAAACACUGAAGUGUAAUAAAAACAAUCAUUUUAAAAUAUUUUCAAUUAAAAAAUAUGCCUCAAGAAAGUGUCUGCACAAUACGAUAUUUGGAAAACAGUGAAAUUAGUGAAGGCAUCAGUGAAAUGCACAUUGCCAGAUAGAGUCGUCGCAUGUCAGGCCAGAAAUCAAUUCACAUUUUAUUUUACAUUCAAUUAAAUAUUGUUUACAUAAGUCCACACGAUGGCAACAAAUUGUGAAUUACGGGAUACCGUUAUACAGACCGCCAACAAACAUCCCAAUUCGAAAAUAUCGAAACUUAUCUUUUCCUUACACGAAGAGCCAACGCUGGGCAAUAUUGCGCUGUUGGUGACGGAGCUGGCAGCGCAGAGCACCGGUGACUUCGAUUUCCUAAUGAGCUACUUUCUAGAUAUGUUCUACGAUUUAAUUUUAACCUCCAACGAAGAUGUGUUAAACGAAGCUGGUCUUUUGAUUUACAAUGCAACCAAAGUAAUUUCGCGGGCCGAGGACAACAUCUUCGAAAGAGCGGGAGCACAGCUCAACUCACUGAUAAGCAAUGCCGGCGAAGCAGACGCUGCUAAAGCCAACGGAAAUCCAACAGUCGAAAAACCACCAGCCCGAAAAACAAAGCGAAGCAAAAAGAUAAUGGCGGAAACUGAGAAUCCAUUCGAGAUGGAACUCUCUUCGAAACCGAUUAAAUCGCUAACCAGAGAAAAACGGUUUACAGAUAGUCAAAUUGAACCAACAAAACGUAAGAGUAACAUGACUUCAACACCUUAUACAUAUCCGGUGGUGUGGCAAGAUGUUAACAUAAUGGAUAAAGACAACACAGAAGAUACAGACUUGAAAAGAAACUAUAAACUAUUUACAUAUCAUAUUGAACAUAGAUACAAUACGCUCGUGCCGGAUAUAAAUUUUAGAAUUCAUUUCAAGGUGAAAGAUUACAUACAGAAGGAAAAAGGUUUAUUAAGUAAUCAAUUGAAGUCUCCAUUGAGAGACUUUGGUAACUGGCAACCACUGUCGGAAGAAUGUGUCAAUAAAUAUUUAGACUUAGAAGAUUUAACAUUUGAAAGAGAAAUAACUGGACAGCAAAACGGAGAAGAAACUCGAGAAAAACUCUUAGAACUACUUGAUAGUGCAGGAAACGAAGUUACAGCAGAAUCAACAACAGCAGCAGAUACUGCGACUUCAAACACUACAACUGUGAUUAUUACAGAUGAGAAUAAUGUACAAACGAGUGAAGUUAACACGUCCUUAGAUGCGACUGAAGAACCGAAUGAAUCUAACACCGAUAUAGCAGAUACCACACAUGAAGUUGAAACAGUCAAUAAGGAAAAUGUAGAUGCGAAUAGCACAACCAUAUAUAACACUCAAGAGUCUGGAUUUGGAGACAUGACGACUGAGUCCGAUUCUGUCUUAAAUUCACUUGUGAACGAAAACGUGGAUUCAAGUAAUAUUAGUCAAAACGUAUCUGCUACAAAUGAUUGCACUGAUUCCGGAAUUAAUAGUGCUUUGGACACCACAGAUACAACCAAUAAAACUCAAAGUUCAAAUGAUUGCACCAAUUCCGAAAUUAAUAAUACCUUGGAUACUACAAAUACAACCAUAAACAAUGAUUCUAACGUUGAUUUGUGUAGUAGUGUGGCUGAUGCAAGUAAGAUUUCGUAUAAUACACAGGAAUCAGGUAUAGAUGUUAGCUUUCCUGAUGAUGCCAAUGGGGAAAAUACUGAAACCAUAAAAACACAAGAAGUUUCAGAAAAUAUUGAUGAUGACGUUCAUAUGGAUGAUGACUUAGAAAAUACAGACAAUGUUAACUUAAAUGAAGAUCAAGCUGUUGUGCCUGGUGUCGAUAGUUCGGCAACGAAUACGGCAUUUCCCCCAAACAAGGAAAACAUAACCAUAACUGUAGAUGACAGUAUAAAAAAUCUGCUGAACGCCCCUCAAGUGGAGCCAGAAGUUUACAACUUGCCGAACAAAACAACGGAACCUGUUCAAGAAAUAAAAUUAAAUAUUUUCAAGUUUAAAGAAAAGAUUAUAAGAAAAAGGGUUUUAUUUCGAUUAGGUCCUGAUUUUGAUUUAUUUAUUAAAGCACGUACACUCAAACGGCAGCGUGGGGAAAAUCCAGCCGAAACUCGCAGUACAAAACUUUUAAAACAAGCCUUAUCACGGAGCCCGACUUGGUCUCUUCAAUUAGAUUCCGAUUUUCUUGGAUUCGAGGAACUACCAGCAAUAAAAACAAAAGAAAGAAAUUUCAGUAAAGAUUCAGGAACGGGUACGGAUCUUAACAUUAGUGACGACGAAUUUUUGGAUACAGAAGAUAAUCAUUUGUUUGGAUUAGAGACAAUAGAAGAAGUAAACGAAGAUUUAGAAAUGAGAGAAACUGACCUUUGUUCAAAUGAAUUGUCGUCCAUAACCGCACCGACAAAUCCCCCCAUUAACUGUGAUCAGAAUUCAGGAAAUGACCGCGCUCUAAGUGGUGAAAAUAACACCACUACAAUGGAGUCAAUAGUGGAUGAACCCUCGACUAGUGAUAAUCAUAAUGCAAAUUCAACAGAACCAAUCGUGGAUAUGGCUAGAGGCGAUAAUAAUGCAAGUAUAGCUGAGAACACUAUGGAUGUACCUGUACAGGAUAAGGAAAAUGAUGCAAGUGCAAAUGACGUUACUGCUGCUGUUGAAUCUAAUAACAGAGAAGAGAAUAAUGAAUUUAGACAAUGA